AUGAACAACUUCGGCGUAAUAGAGCUCGCGAGUACCAAAACUACCAAUGCCCCGGGCUGGGCCUACGUGCCUGAUACAGCCCCUCACUUAGCAGCAGCAGCCGCUGCAUCCCUCCAAACGGGGAAUAGAAAACGAGCUGCUCGCAACCAAGUGACAAACACCAGUGCCAUAUACGCCGAUGCCGAUGCUCGACAAGAAGCCAAACUGCGCAGGGAGAUCGAGGCUCUCGACCGCGAUAAUUACCACCGCGACGUGAGCAUACCCAUCAUAGCGAAAAGCAACAGCAGCAAGACAACCGUCAAGAAACACACCCCCAACGUCCGCAAGAUCCUACAGUCCCAGAAGACCUUCGCAAACCACCUCGACGACUUCGAAGCCCUCCUCGCUCAAGAGAAGUCCAACCCAACCUCCGCAGCUUCCGCAGCCGCCGCAAAUUCUUCGAAUCUAGGGAGUUCGAAAAAGGGUGGUGGUGGUGGUGGUGGUGGUGCGGCAGCAGAAAAACACCAGCAAAAAAACAGCAAAAGAUCUUCCAAGUCAAACAUAUCCCGCUCGGCAUCAAUUUCCAAAGCCGCACCAGCCGUAAAACAAGAAGAAGACGUCGAGAUGUCCGAAGCGCCCCAAGACAAUCUACCCUCCUCCUCCUCCUCCUCGUCGCUCCUAACGCCGUACUCGCGCCCCGGACAACCCCCCACGCAUCCCCAAGACGACGACCCCCUCCUCGUCUCCCGCGUGCCCGCACUUCCCACCGAAGCCGAGCUGCGGACCUUGGUAUCGGCACCGCCGCUGAACUACGCCGAGGCGCGCGGGCGCUGGACGGUAGCGGACGACGGGAGGAAGUACCCGGCGCGCGUGUUCUGCGAGGUGUGCGGGUAUUGGGGACGCGUGCGGUGCAUGCGGUGCGGGGUGCGGGUGUGCGCGCUGGAGUGUCUGGAGACGCAUCGCGAGGAGUGCGUUUCGCGGUAUGGGUUGUGA